AUGUUUCGGGGCAUCAGCCUUCCAUUGAGAGCAGCCCUUCGCCGGAGCUCCCAGGAUAUCCGAUACAGGGCCUACAAUCCUCAGUUCAGACAGAUCGCAUUCUCGCAUUCAGAUAUUCAAGCUUCCCGGCUACAACUAUCGCGCGGCCUCUCCUCGACUCCAGCCCGGCGAAAAGAGAAGCCUUCUCCACCGCAACCGAAGAAAGACGAGGCGGAAACUGAGCGCGAAGAGAAGAUUAAGCCGGAAGAACCGACAGAAGGGAAGAAUAAGUCAGAUGAACCGAGCCCAAUCCCGCCUUCAGAAGGCAAGUCGGACUCGAGACCAAGCCAGGGAGCUGGAGCUGGCGGUAGCUCGGGUAGCGGAGGCAGUGAUGGAGGAAGGAGAGGAAGAAAGGGCUCUUCUGAAAAGGCUCUCCAGAAGCCAACUAUACCGGAUGUAUAUCCUCAAGUGAUGGCGAUCCCGAUUGCUCGACGACCUCUGUUUCCCGGAUUUUAUAAGGCCAUCACGAUCAAAGAUCCGAACGUUGUGGCUGCCAUACAAGAGAUGAUGAAGCGAGGGCAACCCUACGUGGGAGCUUUCUUGUUCAAGGAUGAAGCAGCGGAUAAGGACGUCAUUGACAACAUAGACGAGGUUCAUGAUGUUGGUGUAUUUGCACAAAUUACGAGUGCUUUCCCCGUCCACGGAGAUGAGAGCGGCCUUACAGCUGUCUUGUAUCCCCACCGAAGGAUUAAGAUGACCUCUAUCUCCCGUCUCGUGAUAGCUUAG